AUGUCUGUACUCCAGGACCGUCUAGAAGACCCUUUACUUUUGCGGAGCGAAUGCUACGUCGACGGACAUUGGGUUGAAGCAGCUUCUGGCAAGCUCUUUUCCGUGGACAAUCCAUCCACUGCUGCCAUUGUCGGGCAAUGCCCCGAGUUUGAUGAAGCCGACACCGACGCCGCCGUCCUUGCCGCACAGCGCGCCCUGCCCGCCUUCCGCCGCACGCCGCCGCGGCAGCGCGCCCAGCUCCUGCGCCGCUGGCACAACCUGAUGCUCGAGCACGCCUCGGACCUCGCCCUCAUCAUCACCUGCGAGAACGGCAAGCCGCUCGCCGACGCCGCGGCCGAGGUCCGCUACGCCGCGAGCUUCCUCGAGUGGUUCUCCGAGGAGGCGGCGCGCAUCGCCGGCGACGCGCUGCCGGCCAGCAGCAACCCGGCGUGCCGCAUCGUGACCCUGCGCGAGGCCGUCGGUGUCUGCGGGCUCGUUACGCCGUGGAAUUUCCCCGCGGCCAUGAUUACGCGCAAGGUUGGUCCUGCGCUGGCGGCGGGAUGCACGGUGGUGGUCAAGGCGCCUGCCGAGGCACCCCUCACGGCGCUGGCGCUCGCGGAGCUGGCGCGGCGGGCGGGUGUUUCGCCGGGCGUGCUGAAUGUGGUGACGGCGUGUGAGAAUACGGCGGCGGUGGGAAAGGUGCUGACGACGCACCCGGUCGUCAAAAAGGUGUCGUUUACGGGGUCGACGCCCGUGGGGAAGCUGCUGAUGCGGCAGGCGUCGUCGACGCUCAAGAAGCUGUCGUUUGAGCUGGGCGGCAAUGCGCCAUUCGUUGUGUUUGAGGACGCGGAUCUCGACGCGGCGAUCAAGGGUCUGGUGGCGUGCAAGUUUCGCCUCUCAGGGCAGACGUGCGUAUGCGCCAACCGGGUGCUCGUGCACCACGCCGGCUACGACCGCUUCCUGGCCAUGCUCGUCGACGUGGUCAAGACGUUUCGCGUAGGCGACGGACUGGACCCCUCUACGACCCACGGACCGCUCAUCCACGGCCGGGCGGUGCAAAAAUGCGAGGACCAUGUCCGGGACGCGGUCGCCCAGGGCGCGCGGCUACUCACGGGUGGUACGAGGCUGCCGCCGCUGGGCGGCAACUACUUUGGCAUGACGGUCUUGGCGGACAUGAAGCCGAGCAUGCGCAUCGCCCAGGAAGAGACGUUUGGGCCUAUUGCGGCCGUCUUUUCGUUUGAUACAGAAGAAGAGGCAGUUGCGCUGAGUAACGAUGUCAACGUAGGGCUUGCAGGUUACUUUUUCAGCAAGGACCACAGCCGGUGCUGGCGCGUGGCAGAGGCGCUGGAGGUGGGCAUGGUUGGUGUUAAUACCGGAGCCAUCAGUGACCCAGUGGCGCCGUUCGGAGGUGUCAAGGAGAGUGGCUUUGGUAGGGAGGGCAGCAAGUACGGUAUCGAUGAGUAUUUGACAACAAAGAUGGUCAUGAUGGCUACAUAG